AUGGCGGCCACCGUCCUCCUCCCCCUCUUUAUCCUCCUCCUCGCCGGCCUCGGUGCCUGCAGCGCCGCCAACUUCUCCUCCCUCCUCGUCUUCGGCGACUCCACCGUCGACACCGGGAACAACAACUACAUCUCCACCUCCUUCAAGGCCAACCACGUUCCCUACGGCGUCGGCUUCCCCGGAAAAAUCCCCACAGGGAGGUUUUCCGACGGCCUCCUGGUCCCGGACAUGCUCCUCUCCGAGCUCGGCAUCGGCCAGCUUUUACCGCCCUUCCUCAAACCUAACAUCUCUGGCGAUGAUCUCCGGCGGGGGGUCAGCUUCGCCUCCGCCGGCUCCGGCUUCGACGAGGUCACCGCCGCCAGCUCCGGCGUCAUCUCCGUGCCGAAGCAGGUGGACAUGUUCAAGCAGUACAUCGUGCGGCUGAAGAGCGCCGCCGGGGCGGCGGAGGCCUCAAGGAUCGUCGGUGAGGCGCUCGUUCUCAUCAGCGCCGCCUCCAAUGACCUCUCUAUCAGCUUCUACGACUCCCCGGCGAGGAGCGGCAACUUCACCAUCACCCAGUACCAUGACUUCCUUAUCCAGAAGAUCGAAGAUUUCAUCAAGGCACUCGUUAUUUUGAACUUCUUAUCAAUUCCUUUCAGGCGUGAUUCAUGUUCGAAUAUUGUUAAGAUUUUAUAGCCCUCGCUUCGUUGACUCUCUCUGCAGCAAGUUUACGACCUCGGCGGGCGGAGAUUCCUGGUGUGGGGGAUCUCGCCAAUCGGCUGCGGGCCUCUGCAGAUCACCAUGAAGCUUUUGAGCCUGCUAGAAAGAUCCUGCGUAGAGAACGAGAACGCCGAUACCGUCGUCUUCAACUCCAAGCUCCAGGCCCUGCUGGGGAAGCUGCAGAAGGAUCUUCCGGAGAGCAAGUUCUCCUUCGCCGACCUCUACGCCGCCGCAACGGAUAUAUUCCAGCAACCCCAGAAAUACGGUAACCCGAUGCUUCUCCACGCCAGUGGAAGAAUGCUUCGUCCCUCCUCCCGUGCCUGACCGGAUCACCUGCAUGUUUAGGGUUUGUGGAGGCGCGAAGAGGGUGCUGCGGCACUGGUCUCAUGGAGGCCGGGGAGCUCUGCAGCUCGCUGACGCCGACGUGCCCGGACCCCUCCAAGUUCGUCUUCUUCGACUCCGUCCACCCCACCGAGGCCAUCUACAAGAUCGUCACGAAGAACAUAAUGGAGAAGUGCAUCCCCCAGCUGAGCUGA